AUGCCCGGCAGCUGCUGCCCCAGAAGAUGCCCUUCCCUGCCAGCCGUCUCUCUCUGCUCCACUGAUGUGAGCUGUGGAGCGCCGCUGUGCUUGCCCAGUUCCUGCCGCAGCCAGACGUGGCAACUGGUAACUUGUGAAGACAGCUGUGGGCCCACUGGGUGUGGCUCACAGUGCUGCCAGCCGUCCUGCUCUGAGGGCAGCUGCUGCCAACCCGUGUGUUUCGAAGCGACCAUCUGCCAGCCGUCCUGUUCUGCGAGCAGCUGUGCCCAGCCCGUGUGCCUGGAGGCCACCAUCUGCGAGCCAUCCUGUGCUGUGAGCAGCUGUACCCAGCCCGUGUGCUUCGAGGCCACCAUCUGCCAGCCAUCCUGUUCUGCCAGCAGCUGUGCCCAGCCCGUGUGCUGCGACGCCACUCCCUGCCAGCCAGCGAUGCUCUGUGUGCCCGCUUCCUGCCAGUCCGUCCUCUGCGAGCCCAGCUGCUGCCCGGCAGUCUGCACGGUGCCCGCUUCCUGCCAGCCCAUGCUCUGUGAGCCUGUGUGCUGCCAGCCGGUGUGCCCCACGCCCAGCUGCUGUCCCUCCGUCUGCUCUGCUGCAAACUCCUGCCAGCCAUCCUGCUCAGAAGCAACUUCUUGUGCUGAACCAUCCUGCCCACCAGUUCUCUCGGCAGCAAGUCCGUGCCCACCAAGCUGCUGCCAAGGUUCGUGGCACCCCACUGGAGGUGAGGACCAGCCCUGCAGUGCCACAUGUUACCAACCCAUCUGCUGUGUCUUUGAGCCUUGCCAGUCCAUUCCCUGCAUUCCUGUUUCCUGCCAGCUGAUGACCUGCAUGUUCAGUUCUUGCAGUCCUACUUGCUGGGUGCCCUGCUCUUGCCAGUUGUGCCAAUGUCAACCAGUGUCUCCCGUGUCCUUCAUCUGCCAGCCAUUGGCCACCUGCCAGUCCCCUUGUUCUGAGAAGAACUCCUGCAAGCCAGUUUCCUGUGGCACCUUGCGCUCUGGCCACCCAACCUAUGGUGGACCCGCUUCCCACAGUUGUGGCCGAAAGUCCCCACUGUGCCAGCCAGCUUGUUGUGUGACGGGUUCAGGCAAAGCACCCAGCUGUGGCUCCAGCUGCUUCUGA